GAGCCCGCCUCCCGCUCGCGAAAGCAAGGUGGGUUGGCCCCGGCCGGGCGCUUUUAGCCCUCCCGCCGUUGCCAUACUGCUGCUGCUGCAAGCCAAAGCCAGGCACCCGGGGUCUCCACCAUGGAGCGCAGCUCGGCCGCCGUGGGUGCCGUGAGGCGCCUCCGCACGCAUCCUGCUCAGCAGCAGCAGCAGCAGCAGCACCCUCGCCCAAACCAGCAGCAGCAGCCGCCGUGGCGCCCGGACCAGGAGCCCGACGGACUGGACGGGAAGAAGCCGGCGGGCAGCCGGGGAGGAGGAGGAGCGAGGGGCCUCCCGCUGCUGCCGGAGGCGCGCACGGCCCUGCUGCUGCUGCUCUACUUGCUGGCGCUGCGCGGGAUCGCGCACCUCUCCCUGCGGAGGCUGGUGCAGCCGGCGGAGCGCCGCCCCGGCGAGGAUUUCAGCGCCCCGCGCGCCAGGUAACCGCAGGUAGCGGCGGCUCUUGCGCGCGCUUGCCGGGUCCCAGGUCCCUUCUUCCGUGGUCAAGAGUGGGGUGCGUGGGUGGGAAGGGUUCAGAGACAGAUCCCCCUCCAAAAAUCAAGUACCGUAUUUUUCGCUCUAUAAGAUACACCAGACCACAAGACGCACCUAGUUUUUGGAGGAGGAAAAAAUGAAAAAAAAUAUUCUGAAUCUCAGAAGCCAGAACAGCAAGAGGGAUCGCUGCGCAGUGAAAGCAGCAAUCCCUCUUGCUGUUCUGGCUUCUGGGAUAGCUGCGCUGCCUGCAUUCACUCCAUAAGACGCACACACAUUUCCCCUUACUUUUUAGGAGGGAAAAAGUGAGUCUUAUAGAGCAAAAAAUACGGUACAUAACUAACUGAAGUUCUGGCCCCCACUCCAACGUAAAGCCUGCCCGCCCCCUCGAACGUGAAUCCUAGCUACACCCGUGGUCCCUUCCCCCGUCCUCGCUGCGCACCUGCAUCGCUGGGAGAGGGAGACAUGGGCGUCGCCGGGGAGCGGGGAAGACGGAGCCACAAUGCUAUUGAAAAGCAUUGAAAGUACACAAUGAUCUGAGGUCCUGUGUCCCCCGCCUCCCAGCAGAAGCCCCCCCCCCAUGUCCUCAACAACUUUGGAGGAUCCCCUAAAAAAAGCUUUGGCUGCCCCCCUCCCCAACAAAAACAUUGGCUCUGCCCAUGGAGAGAGAGGUGGAAUGUUCUCCUCUGGGAGGGCCAACUUGGCCCCACACCCAUGGGUUCCCAGGGCUAUGGGUUCCAUACAGUGUCUGGCCCCGGGGUGUUGUCUCCUAUGCCCUCCUCCUGGAUUAAUGUACUGAUGUACCCUGAUGUACUUUGAAUCUGAUCUAGGUAGGAGUUUCAAACGUUGUGUCAUUGUGUUCCCUAUGUCCUUUUUGAUUGUAGUAGCUAGCAAUAAAGGAUAGCUGCUGGGCCUGUGUACAUGGGGGCGUGUUAUACAUGGAAAAAUACAGUAUGUCUUUUUUAGCUAUUAAGGUGCCUUUAAUGUAUAGGUAGGAACGAACAGGGAGCACUCGUGUUUUCAGAAUCUCUGUGGUUUAAUUGAACUGUGGCAAAGCCCCAGAAAUGAUUUCUGUAAUAACAGUAAUUUUAUUAUUUAUAUCCCGUCCGUCUGGCUGGGUUUCCCAAGCCACUCUGAACAGCUUCCAAACAUAUGUUAAAACAUAAUAAAUAAUCAAACAUUAAAAACCUCCCAAUACAAGGCUGCCUUCAGAUGUCUUCUGAAAGUCAAAUAGUUUUUUAUUUCCUUGACAUCUGAUGAGAGGGCGUUCCACAGGGAGGUGCCACCGACAAGAAGACCCUCUGCCUGGUUUCCUGUAACUUUGCUUCUCACAGUGAGGGAACUGCCAGAAGGCCUUCGGAGCUGGACCUCAUUGUCUGGGCUGAACGAUGGGGGUGGAGAUGCUCCUUCAGGUAUACUUGACCAAGGCUGUUUAGGGCUUUAAAGGUCAGCACCAACACUUUGAAUUGUGCUCAGGAACAUACUGGGAGCCAGUGUAGAUCCUUUAGGACUGGUGUUAUAUGGUCUCGGCGGCCGCUCCAAGUCACCAGUCUAGCUGCCGCAUUCUGGAUUAGUUGUAGUUUCUGAGUCACCUUCAAAGGUAGCCCCACAAAGAACGCAUUGCAGUAGUCCAAGUGGGAGAUAAUCAGGGCAUGCACCACUCUGGCGAGACAGUCUGCGGGCAUACCAGAUGGAGCUGGUAGACAGCUGCCUUGGACUCAGAAUUGACCUGUGCUUCUAUGGACAGCUGUGAGUCCAAAAUGAUUCCCAGGCUGCACACCUGGCCCUUCAGGGGCACAGUUACCCCAUUCACACCCAGGAUCAGUUGCCCCAAAACAGUACUUCUGCAGGGAUGUCUUGACUUUCCAAGUCUGGCAAUGGGCCGUGAGGAGUUUGGGGUUGUGGGGGUCCUCAACUUUGGAGGGACUUUGAAACAUGCUUUUAAAUACCACAUGGAGUUCAGUGUGGAUUAUGGAAAAGGGGCUGAUCUGUCGAGAAGGGACAAAAAUACUGUCAAGUUGGAGUUUCCAUGAGUGAAAGGACGAGGAGACAAAGUAAAGUACAGGUAUAAAUAUGAAGAAGAUCUGCGGAAGGGACAUGGAAGAGACUUGAGGGCCUCGGACAUAAGAUUACCAGGUUAAUGAGCUAAAUGGAUGAGACAGAAAGGACUGACAAAACCCGGGACCAGGAGGAAGAGACGUUGGAGGAAGAUUGGAAGAAAGUUUUUUAAAAAAUUUCUAUUUAGGAUUGUUUUGUAAAAUUAAUGAGUAUUAGAAAAAAUGUUGGAACGAAACUAUUUGGCUUUAGCAGAAAUGUUAAAAAGAACUAUGCAAGAAUAUGUUAUGGUUAUGAGAAAUUGGUAUAAAUAAGAUUUAAGUUUUAAGUUUUAGGGUCUUUUAUAGUAAGAUAAGGUUAAAAUAGAUUAAGGUAAUUUAAUGACAGAAUAUUAUGAAAAAUGGGAAGGAUUUGCUGUUAUAAUUAUUAACUGGAAUACAAAAAGGGAGGUUUGAGGAGGUCGAUGAAAUAAGGCAAUGACAGUUAAGGAUUUGGGAAUAUUGGAUCUGUUUUUAAUUGUUUGUGGUUUACUUUUGUUUUUUGGAUUUUGAUGUGUUUUGUCUUUUUUUUUUUAAAUUAUUUUUAUUGAUUUGUAUGGUUUGACUGCUGUUUGCUUUUCCCUUGUUUUUCUUCUUCUUUGUUUCUUUGUUUUUUUUCCCUAACUUUAAAAUGCUUAAUAAAUAUCAUUUCAAAACAGUACUUCUGUCUUGUCAGUAUUCUGUUAGCCACCAUCCGUCUUCCAGCUGCCUCCAGACACACAUAUAAGACGUUCACUGCCUUCACUGGUUCCAAUUUAAAGGAGAGGUAGAGCUGGGUAUCAUCCGCAUACUGAUGAACACCCAGCCCAAACCCUGUAUGAUCUCUCCCAGUGGCUUCAUAUAGAUGUUAAAAAGCAUGGCAGAGAGGACGGAUCCCUGAGGCACCCCACAAGUGAGCGCCUAGGGGUCUGAACGCUCCCAACACCAGGGCUAGGAUGUAUGAGGUUAGUGGACAACCACAGCAGAAGAUAAAUUCCACUGCAUCUCUUGCUACCUGCUAACCCACGCCUUAAGAUCAAUGGAAGAGGCCUUCCUUUUGCCUCCAUCAGGGGCUGUUUGCUGUAUAACAGCAUGGAGCAAGCAAGGCCUUCUCUGCUAUGGCCCCCUGUAUGUUAAGCUCCCUCCCAUUAGACCUGUGGUUGCCUACAGCUUUCAGAUGUCUGCUUAGGAUGUAGCUCCCCGCCUUCUCCUGCCUUCCUAUGGAAGUGGCUGGUCUAGUGACCGGCUGCUUUAUUAUUUUAUUAUAUUUAUUGUUUUAAGAUGCUGCUAAUGUUUACUGGUUUUAUGGUUUUCAUUUUAAUCCUUGUAGUGCAUUUAAUUUGAUGAAGCGUUGUAUACCACUAUAGUGGUACCUCUACUUAUGCGCACCUCUGGUUACGUAUCCUUCGGACACGUAUGCGGCAAACCUGGAAGUAUUUUUCCGGGUUUCCCGCAUGCGCAGAAGCGCUCUACUGUGCGCAUGCGCAGAACAGGCACCUUCGGUUUUGACAACCUCGGGAUCCGACCGGAGCUCCGGAACGGAUCCCUUCCGCAACCGGAGGUACUACUUUAUUGGAGUCGAAAGGUAUGUUAUAAAUACAAUGCGUAAUAUCUGAGGGGUCAUCACUGACUACCCAGAAGAUUUGGGAUGAAGCGGGCUGUACAGUGGUACCUCGGGUUACAGACGCUUCAGGUUACAGACUCCACUAACCCAGAAAUAUUACCUCAGAUUAAGAACUUUGCUUCAGGAUGAGAACAGAAAUCGUGCUCUGGCGGUGUGGCAGCAGUGGGAGGCCUCAUUAGCUAAAAUGGUGCUUCAGGUUAAGAACUGUUUCAGAUUAAGAAUGGACCUCCGGAACGAAUUAAGUACUUAACUCGAGGUACCACUGUAUCUCGCUUAGUUUGGGAGUUUUGCAGAAGUAGCAUGAGUCUUGCGUGUGUGGAGGAAUUGAGAAGGGAGCAGACAGGAUCGUGUGCGCCACUAUUUGGAGAGGAAAAGAAGCAGUACAAGAGCCUUUCACUACUUCCCCUUUGGCAAAAAAACAACAACUAGUCAGGCUGUAUUUCUUCCGGCUGGUUAGUCAUCCUAGCAAACGCUUCUGAGUAGGACAACUUGGGGGCAUAUUUCUGCUAGAACCUCUCCUUCCACAUUCAGAAGAUGUUAGAUAGCAGGUGCAUAUCUGUGCAGACAGUGUUAGAAACUCAGAUAUGUAAGCUGGGGCCAAAUGUCUCCUUAAACCAAGGUUGCAGUCUCCAAAAUGAAAUGUUUGUUUGCCAUUUUGGGACAAGACGGCUGUAAAGUCUUAUUUUUCAAAUGAUGGACUGACUGUGAUUGAUUAUCAGUUAGACAUCUGGCUAGCUCAGAAGACCUUGAGCUAGGUUAAGAACUUAAGAGAACUCCAAGAAGAAAAAUCACUUGAUCCAAGGACUGUCCACAUAUAUAUUAGCUUAUUCCGACCUCUUUUUCUUCCUGGUGACACGGAUUAUUCGUAAUGUAGGAAUAUUCUUCACAACGGUGAGCAGGGCAGUGGGACGGGGCGAGCGAAGCCAAGCUACAACAGUUGGCUGUAACGUCGUUCAGUCUCCUUCUCAGGCUGCACAGAAAAAGCGUUUUGGUUCCCAAAGUUCAUUCCAAUUGUGUGGAUAAAAUACAGUGGUACCUCGGGUUACAUACACUUCAGGUUACAUUCGCUUCAGGUUACAGACUCCGCUAACCCAGAAAUAGUGCUUCAGGUUAAGAACUUUGCUUCAGGAUGAGAACAGAAAUCGUGCUCCAGCGGUGCGGCAGCAGCAGGAGGCCCCAUUAUCUAAGGUGGUGCUUCAGGUUAAAAACAGUUUCAGGUUAAGUACGGACCUCCGGAACGAAUUAAGUACUUAACCUGAGGUACCACUGUAUAGCGGAUAGAAUUCUCCAUGGUGGGGUAUUAGUGUGUGAAAACGGUCCAGAUCCUGUGGUUCCUAUGGUUCCCAGGCAUGCAACUCCAAAUGGUGGAGAUCUUCACUUGGUCGCAAGUGGCCGAUAAGUCAGUUGAACAAUUUGCCUGCGCUUGGCUGGUUUCAGACUCUGACAGUGCAGGUAAAUAAGUUUUACUUGGGGUAUUUUGAGCCCAUUCAUGUUGAUCAUAGUUGAAAUAGAGUGAGGCAAAAAUCACAUUGUUAUUAGCCACUGUGGGUAGUUUGUGGGUAGUUCCUUUUAUAACCUGCUAAUCAGCCUCCAAAAAUAGAAAAAGCUGUUCUGGGAUAAAAACUGGCUUGUGUUACCACAAGGCUCGUAAUUAAUCAGAAAUAAAAAACAAGACUGAGAGCCAAGGGGAUAAUGAUGGGAGGAGGCAAUGGUUAGUGUAUAUUUCUAUUCCCAAGGCAGAUGACAAGCUGAAAAAAACAAUAAAACAGACAGUAAAGAUCACGCACGUAAUCACAGUCUAAUCCAGUACAAAAAAAAACAUAAUGAACGCAUAACUAUAAAAUAAACAACUUAUAUCAAACCAGCAGUUUACACUUAACAGCUUACAGUUUACACUUAACUGCUACAAUAAAGAAUUACUAAACAACAGUAAAAUAACAAGCAAUGUGUAAAAUAGCACAAAACAUACAAAACCUUGUAAAAGGAUCAAAUUGAGAGAUAAGGGUACACAACUUAUAAUUUAUUCUUUUUUUUAAAAAAAAAAAAAACCCUGAACUGUUGCUGUCCAAUCCAGUGCCUUGUUUCUGUUUUGGAAGGUAUUUAGCUUAAACUUCUGUGGUUUCCUUGUUCAGAGCAAAUCCAAAAUAUAGACACAUAGUUCUGGAGUUUAGACAGAGUUUCAGCUGAACUGGCUUUUAUUUAUUUAUUUAUUUACUUCAUAAAAACUUAUAUUAUUUCUUGGUUAUAGAAGAAACCUGCAAGUGGUUUACAAAGGCUGCUUUUCUGUAACAAUUCAGUAUUAGUAUAAACAAGGGAAAGUGUCCCAAUUUGUAUUUAAGGGUUCUGUCAUUCAUUUCAUUUUCAUUUUUUAAUUUGUAUUUCUAUCUUACAAUACUCAAGGCGGUUUACAAGCUGAAGAAACAAAAUCUACAUCUUAUAACAAUCUAAUGCAAUACAAAAAUGUGAUAAUAAAACAUAACUUUAAAAUAGGCAACCUCCAUCAAAAAAGUAACAUUCAACAAUCAUUAGAGUAGUAUAAAAUAAUAAUACAGUGGUGCCCCGCAAGACGAAUGCCUCGCAAGACGGAAAAACCGCUAGACGAAAGGGUUUUCCGUUUUGAAGUUGCUUCGCAGGACGAAUUCCCCUAUGGGCUUGCUUCGCAAGACGAAAAUAUCUUACGAGUCUUGAGAUUUUUUUCGCUUUCCCCCUUUAUCUAAUCUGCUAAGCCUUUAAUAGCCUUUAAUAGCCUUUUAGCAGCUAAUCCACUAAGCCUUUAAGCCUUUAAUAGCCGCUAAACCGCUAAUAGCGCUAAUAGCGCUAAUCCGUCAAUGGGCUUGCUUCGCAAGACGAAAAAACCGCUAGACGAAGACUCUCGCGGAACGGAUUAAUUUCGUCUUGCGAGGCACCACUGUAUCAACGUAUAAAAGUUAAACAGAAAUCCACUCAACAGUUACAGUAAUAUCUAAACUAUAAUCAAUAAAACAACGGCAAGCCACAGUACAUAAAACAAUACAAUACACAUUGAGAAGCAGAGGGUGGAGCAAGGCUUCUCUAACAUUUUCGCGUGGGACCCAUGGAAAUGAGUGUAACUGUAAGGAACGUGGUAUAGAAAAACAACUUUUAAAACAUUCUUAUCACCUCCUCGUCUCCCCAACACCAACAGUUUCCAUUCCUUCAGUCAAAUUUAGGAGAACCAUGUGCUGAAAGUCUGUGUCACUUGUUGCUUCAGUACUCUUGAACCAAUCUUGUGCAAAUUACUGCGAAUAAAUAUUUCAGAUUCCUAGGUGUACGCUCACAUUUCGGGCGACUUUUUGAAACCUGAUUACAGUGGUACCUCAGGUUACAUACGCUUCAGGUUACAUACGCUUCAGGUUACAGACUCCGCUAACCCAGAAAUAUUACCUUGGGUUAAGAACUUUGCUUUAGGAUGAGAACAGAAAUCGUGCUCUGGUGGCGCAGCGGCAGCAGGAGGCCCCAUUAGCUAAAGUGGUGCUUCAGGUUAAGAACAGUUUCAGGUUAAGAACGGACCUCUGAAACGAAUUAAGUACUUAACCCGAGGUACCACUGUAUUGAGUUUUAAAGCUGAGCUAAGAAGAACGCAUUGGAACUACUUUCUAGUGCUUGCAUUAUUUAAAUUUACCAGGAGGAAGUUCAUCACCUCUUUCAUCAAGUUUUAGGUAAAGUGAGCCUUGGAGUUCCUGUUUGUUAUUUUCUUAUCUCCUCCUGUUUGAUGUCAGGCUUUAUGGAACUUCCUUUUCCCCUUUUAUUUCGUACACAUGUAGCUCUUUGUAGUUUUUAGCAACAGAUCUCCCUUUGCACUUCAAACCUAAACCAAUUUAUUUAGAACUGGGUCAUAUUGAUUUCAGUAUAACACUUCCAAAUGCAUAUGUAUAGAAUUGCAGCCUUUGGCAGCGAUGCUCAUAAACUGCCCUAGUUUUAAGUCCUGCUGGUUUCAGCAGGACUUAGUUUCAAGCAACUUUAAUUUUCAAGGAAAAGCAGUGCGUUAAAUAUUUUGCAGUUUGGCGUGUACGACCUUGUGUAGCCAUCAAACAUAUGCAGGUAUGUUAUAGGUAGUAUCUGAAGCAAACACCUGAGAAACUGAAGUGCAAAUUAUUAUUUAUAUUCUAAUGGAACUCUCCCGGGUAAUGACUAUACACAUACAGGGUUGCUGUGUCAUUUGUGUUAUCUGUUAGAUUAUUUUUGGUUUUAAAAAGAAAUUGUCAGUUUUAAUGUAUUUAUGCAUGUGUAUAUGUUUUUUGCUUAAAAUGUUUUAAGACACUUUUGAGUUGCUAUGGCAAAAAAGUGACCAAUAAACAUAAAAAUAAAAACUUUUGAUUAAUAUUCAGAUAAUGCCCUGGGCAUUAAAUCAGAUGGUUAGUACGUUUCCGAGCACAAUUCAAAGUGUUGGUGCUGACCUUUAAAGCCCUAAACGGCCUUGGUCCUGUAUACCUGAAGGAACGUCUCCAUCCCCAUCCUUCAGCCCGGACAUUGAGAUCCAGCGCCGAGGGCCUUCUGGCGGUUCCCUCAUUGCGAGAAGUAAGGUUACAGGGAACCAGACAGAGGGCGUUCUCGGUAGUGGCGCCCGCCCUUCAGAUGUGAAGGAAAUAAAUAGCUAUCCUAUCUUUAAAAGACAUCUGUAGGCAGCCAUGUUCAGGGACGUUUUUAAUAUUUAACGCUGUAUUGUUUUUAAUACUUGAUUGGGAGCCGCCCAGAGUGGCUGGGGAAACUCAGCCAGAUGGGCGGGGUAUAAAUAAUAAAUUAUUAUUAUUAUUAUUAUAUUAGGGUGUGUUGUGUAUAUGGAAAGAUACAUAUGGUAUAUUUAACACAGAGUUGGACCUAGGUUACAUCCUCAGUUAAGUAUGAAACUCACUGGGUGGGCUUGAGGUAGUCCACAUUGGUGUGAGGAUAAAUAGAAUAACCCCACAUAGGCGGAAGAUUGCCAGAUUCCAGUGUUCAUGAAAUAUGAAUGGGUUUUUAAAAAAUCUCUGGGCAUAAUCACUGUAAACAUUGGGUGACAUCCAAGUUUUGUGUGAGCGGAUGUCUUCUUCUUCUUCUUCUUCUUCUUCUUCUUCUUCUUCUUCUUCUUCUUCUUCUCCCCCCAGCAACCUCUCCUACAGCCACAAGAUCUUCUCCAUAGAGUUGGCAGAGGAGAUUCUGGUGUGGGGACACAGGAGGCUAUGGGGCAGCCGAAGAAGAAAGGGAAGACCUAUUUGCUCAGGCAGGAAUCUGUUGCACAGUUGGGUGGGUGGUCAUCACUAGAUGUCCCCUCUUGUUCUUUUGAAGUAUUACAAUCAGUAACGUGCCCAUAUUUGUACUGCUAUUUAACAUAUUUCUAGCCUGUCUUCAGUGGUGCAUGGAGACUAAGCUGCUGAACGGACAUUUUGUUUUCCUCCUUUGGUAGUCAGUGGAACGUUAAGCCCCAUUUGCCCUGUCAGGGGUCAGCAAACUUUUCCAGCAGGGGGCCGGUCCACUGUCCCUCAGACCUUGUGGGGGGCCAGACUAUAUUUUGGAAAGAAAAAAAAGAGAAUGAAUUAUUAUGCCCCACAAAUAACCCAGAGAUGCAUUUUAAAUAAAAGGACACAUUCUACUCAUGUAAAAGCACGCUGAUUCCCGGACCGUCCGCGGGCCGUAUUUAGAAGGUGAUUGGGCCGGAUCCAGCCCCUGGGCCUUAGUUUGCCUACCUAAUAGCUUAAGGACUGUUCUUGCAAUUAUGUCAUUGUUCACACCAACAGAUCUAGCUUUCUUCUUCAAUGGCCUGCUCUAUUGCAGCUGAGUUUGCAUGCAUUUGUAAGUUUUAAGACAUUCUUCUAAUCUAAUGCCCUGUUAUGGUCUCCUACAGGACUUACCUAGAAAACAUUACUGCAAUUGGGCCCAGAGCAGUUGGAAGUCCGGAAAACGAAAUCUUCACAGUCAACUACCUCUUGGAACAAGUUAAAGCUAUUGAAACUCAAAGCAGUCAUGUCCAUACCAUCUCUGUCGAUAUACAGAGGCCCACAGGCACCUUCAGUAUUGAUUUUCUCGGAGGCUUUACCAGUUACUAUGACAACGUUACUAAUGUCGUGGUCAAGCUAGAACCCAGGACUGGAGCAGAGCAUUCAGUACUCUCCAACUGCCACUUUGACUCUGUACCACAUACUGUCGGUAGGUAACAUCAGAAAAAAAUUGUAUAAUGGGGGCAGGGGGGCUGCCACUUCGCAGGAAAUUUGUGUUUCCCCCUUUCUUUAAGAGGUGCACCCCAGCGAAGGCCCAGAUCUUUCUAUUCACUGUUUCUGGUGGAGAAAUUUCUAAGAAUUCUCCACAAAUGCAAUUUAUUAAGCUGGCCUAAAUAUUUUAUUUAAAGUUGCUUAUGCUUUGUAAAAGGGACGCAAGUGGUGCUGUGGUGUAAACCACUGAGACUAACGGCCAAGUGUCCCUUUACCUUUACCUUUUAUGCUUUGUAAGUCUUAGUUGUUGGGCUCUUUGUAGACACCGUCAGCUUCACAGCACGCUGAGAAUAUUUUUCCUUUUCAAAAGCUUAUAUUAAUGGGGUGAAUUUGUAUACAUUCCCCCCCCACACACACUUUUACUUUUUCUGCAGAUUUAAAAUUAGUUGUAAUUUACUGGUUAUCCAGCUUAACAUUUUAUAAAAGGCAAAAAACCUCUUACCUAAACGUAAUUUUGUUAACAAGACUUAACCUGCCUACAAAGGCUUAUCCCACAAACUUUUCUGAAUCUGGGUAAUGAAAUUUUUGCACAGUAGUUUUUUGUUUGUUUGCUUGUUUGUUUUAAAAAACCCUCAGUAGUUUUAUAAAACUAUUAAAAUGUCAAAGGCCAUCAUGGUUCAGAACUCUCUUGAUAAUUUUGUGCUUGAACACAGUCAUUUUCCUUUUGCUUUUUGAAAUGGUAACGAAAGGAAGGACUGCAUCUGUUUUUAUGCCAAGCGCUUUCAAACUCUCACAAUUGGCAAGGAGGGAGGAAAUUCUUCGUUUCGUUUCCAUAAUCCUCUUAGGGUGUUUUCAUGUAACAAUACAAGGUAGAAAGGAAACCUUUUUAAGGCGUUUUACUCAGAUGAGGUUUUAAAAAAUUGUGCAGCAGUUGUGCAUCAAUACACAUAAACUGAUUGCACUCUGUAUAUUUUCAUUUUAAGGAGCCAGCGAUGAUGCAGUCAGCUGUUCUGUGAUGCUUGAGAUACUGCACACUCUUUCUAAAUCACCCAAACCAUUGCAGCAUGCUGUCAUAUUCCUGUUUAAUGGUGCAGAAGAGAGUGUCUUGCAGGUAAGCGUGGAUUUAUGAAACAAUAAAAUCAAUGAAAAAUCAGAAAACAAAACAACUGCAUUUCUUUAUAGUAUUGGUUUAUAUUUUGCAUCUGAAGGUCCUCAGAGUGACUCAACAAUGUGUAUGAAAACAGUGAGAUUGGCUCCCACCUGAAGCCAGUCAGUGAAAAGAAUACAGGAUGGCAUUAGCAGCAUCAAUGUAUUAAAAAAGUUUUCAGAGGAGGGGCAGGAGAAGAAGCAGAGGAAGGGCAAAUGCAAGAGCCGCUUACUUUGGGUGCUGCCAUGUUUUGCAGUAGCUCUGGUGUCCUCUACAUACUGUUGGCACCAUAAAUCCCAAAUCCUUUCCCAGCAGUUUCGUGUAGAGCAGUGAUGUCCAAUCGGUCGACCGCAAUCGACAGGUAGAUUCUUGGGCGAUUGCGGGACCCUUAUCGAUCGCGGGAAGAAAAGUAAAGUAUUUUGAAUGUUUCUGACCCCUGCCUCCUCGCUCUGUCCCUACAUAGCGUCAUAAGGUCAAUCUUUUGUAGUCUGCUUUGCACGCAUGUUAGCGUUGCAGUUAAUUGUUAGCCUCCCCCCCCCCCAAGAAAAGUUGAAAAACUUUAAUAUAAAAAAUUGGAUUUAAGAAUUUUGGACAUGCUUCGGGUGAAGAAAGGGUAAUUAAUCUGCCAACUACAGCCACUGAGAUGCCAAGAGUGACGGGAGGAAGAAAGAUGACAUCAAAGAAUAAACUGGUAUGUGGAACGGAACGGAAAGGAGGGGGGAUAAAAGUUUUUCUUUUUCUACUACAAUAAUACCUAACAACCCCCCCCCCCCCAGAAGAACCGUCUACAUUACCUAUAGCAUUGGGAGAUUGGGAAAUAUAAACUGUGUGGAAAUAAUAACAUUAACUAAAGCCUUUGCUCUUUGAAAUACUUGGAAGAAGAUAAAAGACUCUCCUGUGACACGCUAUUUAAUCGGGAUCCGCCAUUGUGAAACAGACUGAGUUGCAGAGAUUAAUAUUCAUAGGGAGAGGCGAGCUCUUACUUUGUUAUUAUAUCUGUAUUUCAAGCCCGAUUUGGCAAACCUCCCCUGGAAAGACUAAUGUCUGGUGCAACCUGUCAGAGAAAAUUAAUGAGCAAACGCCUAGACUUUAUUUCAUCAGAACUGAGAGAAGAUGGCGUCUGCAACCAGAGAAGGACUUUUGGAUUGAAUCGGCAUAAAUACCAGCGUGUGAGGACAUACUGCAAAUAAAAGACUUACCAGCUGCAAAAAAAAAAAAAAGGAGAGUCAUACAAAGUUCACACAGAAGCAUAUUAUUGUUCACUUCAGCUCGCCUGUGGAAACAACUCAGAGGCUACGAAAGAAAGAAGGAUAACAGCAGGAAGUUUUAAAGAAGGAACUAUUGGAAACUCAAGGCAUUAGAACCUUGAAGCAUGGGAAGCCCCAACAAAAAUUUAUAAUUUGGCAAAAUAUUUGGACUUUAUGAUAUGUAUUUGUAUAAUUUGGAAUAUUUAAUGUGAUUUGAUUGAAUUGUUAAAAUGGAAAACUUAAUAGAAAUUAUUCUUUAAAAAAAAAAAAGAAAAGUUGAAAAACUUUGGCCUUCCCCCCUUAAAAAAGCUCAACAAUUAAUGCCCCCAUAAAAAAAGCUCGGGACACGGGUGGCGCUGUGGGUUAAACCACAGAGCCUAGGACUUGCCGAUCAGAAGGUCGGCGGUUCGAAUCCCCGUGACGGGGUGAGCUCCCAUUGUUCGGUCCCUGCUCCUGCCAACCUAGCAGUUCGAAAGCAUGUCAAAGUGCAAGUAGAUAAAUAGGUACCGCUCCGGCGGGAAGGUAAACGGCGUUUCCAUGUGCUGCUCUGGUUCGCCAGAAGCAGCUUAGUCAUGCUGGCCACAUGACCUGGAAGCUGUACGCUGGCCAAUAAAGCGAGAUGAGCGCCGCAACCCCAGAGUCGGUCACGACUGGACCUAAUGGUCAGGGGUCCCUUUACCUUUUUUAAAAAAGCUCAGGAACUCCUUUGGCCUUUAUCCCCCUAAAAAAAGCUCUGCAACUGUGGCCUUUCUCCCCUAAAAAAAGCUCAUGAACUCUGGGCAAUCCUUGCCUUCUACCCCCCCCCCCAGGCUCCUCCGUGCCUGGUUUAGAGCUUGAAAAGCUGCAAGCACUAUGGCACUGCAAUCUUGAGGGAAGGCACUGUUUUGCUUGUUACUGUACGCUGUGGGUGACUUUUGGGCUGAUGAGUAGGAUAAAAUGCUUUAAGUAAAUACCGUACUUUUCCGUCUAGUAAGACGCCCCCCUCUAUAAGACGCCCUCUAUUUUGGGGGGUUCAAAUUUAAGAAAAUGGGGGGGGAUUACCCAGGGUUGUUGAGCUUUUUUUAGGGGGGGGCUGCCGAAAAUCGCUCACCCGCACAUGUCACAAAAUCCGCCUCUCGUCUGUCCCGUUGCCCGCAGAAGCUGCCAAUCGUCUGCCCAACUGCUGGAGCAUCAGCCAAUCAGCACCACCCAUUAACGCAGCAACCAAUAACACAUCAGUAGCCUCUGCAGCAACCAGACCACCCAACCAGGGCAACCAAAGCAGUUUCUGUCCCCAAACAAGGCUGAAUUGAGGCAGAUUGAAAUGGAUCCAGAUAUUGAUGUUGUGCUUUAAAGGCUUGAGCAUUCCUAGGACCCAGCUAUGCAGCUGCAAAUAGAACGUUUUAAGUGUGUGUUAAGUGCACAUUGUACAAACGUGACACUAGAUGGCGAUGGGGAGCUUAUGGCAAAUUCAAACUAUUUUUCAAAACGCUUAAAGCGUUUUCAAUGCGAGGCCAAAAUUUGAUGCCCCCCCCCAGCCCUCUUGCUGCCUUCAAAAGGAAGCUCCAGCAGCCAAUCGGAAGGCACAGAAGCCCCGUCGGACAUUUUGCAGUUUAACUAGUUCUGUGUUCUUGCGACAAGUUAUUUCCUUGCCUUACAACACUGUCUCCUAACGUUUUGUGAGAACCAGAAUUGCUUUUGUGUGAUGAGACGCUGAUUCAAAUGUCUUGCCAUGUUUGACGUUUCUCGUUUUUGCUUCUCAUCAAGGCUAGUCAUGGCUUCAUUACUCAGCACCCCUGGGCUAAAUCAGUUAGAGCAUUUAUUAAUCUGGAGGCUGCUGGAGUAGGAGGGAAAGAACUUGUGUUUCAGACAGGUAAGAGGCUUAAUAUCCCCUAUCAUGUAUCCCCUAUCAUGCUUUCUUUUUUUUUAAUAAAACAAACAAUUCCAAAACAAAACUCUACUCGAAUACAACUGAUGCAGAAUCCAUUGUUGUUAUGUUUGAAAGGUUAUCAUAUAGUUGAACUUUCAUCGUGGCUCUGGCGAAAGCAAACAGGUGUAAGAUUAAAGGUGGGGAAAUCAGGUUUUUCCCCCACAGUCAGAAUAAUUGCUGACUGAAUUAGUUAUCCUUGUUCUUAAGUCAUCUGAUCUGAUAUUCAGAGAAGGUUAAUAUUAAACCGUUCAGCCCCUUGAUGUUCCAGCUAGCAUUUAAACUGGUUUGGCAACUCUAGAUUUUCUGUAUUAAAUGGGAACAUGUUUGAAAGAUCAGCAAAAGUGAAUGAAUUUCUUACAUAAGGCCUGUGUAAAAUGGCAGAAAUCGAGGCUGGAUCUAGGCGCUGCAAAUAAGCGUUUCGGUUUAAAGUUUUGUAAAUUUAAACAGGGAAAACAGGUAGAGAAAAACCGGGACUCCAUGUUGCCGCCUGGUGGCACAAUAUUAUCUCGCAAUACAACGCAUAUAAAUCGCUUUUUCUUUACCCGUCUAAACACUGGUCAUUGAUAGAGUUAGUGUCAAGUUCUAUUCAGUUCGUAUGCUUUUGGCCUGAAAAAUCCCCUCCUCCCCCUUUCUGUUAUAGCAGGAAUCUACUCCUACAUAGUAGAUAAACCUGCAGUUGCAGUUUUGUGUAUGCUUCUGCCUCGGGGUGAUUACAAGAAGUUUAAGUAUCAAAGGGUAACCUCUGCACAUGCUUAACUUUUUUCUGAGUCUCACUAAUAAUCUCUGUAUCUUUAACUGCAAUUUCAAGUAUUCUCUUCUCCUGCAUUAUUACAAGAACAAUGUAGGAGGCAUAUUUACCAGUAGCAAUUUGGUUUGGGAAGUUUGCCCGUGUUCCACUAUGUUAAUAUUUAUUGCUAUUCUUGCAAACACUGACUCAAAGAAUGACACAAAUAGAAUUCUAGACACUAGAAAUGCGUUCAUCUUUCCUCCUCUGCUAUUGGAUUAUUUUAUAUUGAUUGAAUUGUUUUUAUUGUUUGUUUAUUUGAAUGGAUGUAUGAUUGCUGACUGAACACUGUUGUUUAUUUUUAUUAUUACUGUUUCAGCUGAGCUUGUAAAGCUCUCUGGGGAAGGUUUUUAUGGAGAGAGAGAGAAAAAAUAGUCAAUGUAUCAAAACAUUGCUCCCAUCAGGCAACGAAACAAAAGAGCAAGUAGUUCGUUCAGAAGUACUUUUGCCUGUGUUUUUAGUUCCAGUAUUGCUAAAGAUAAAUGCAAAUAUCCCUGAAAUUUGGAUUACAAGGAAACAAUUUGAGCAUCGAUACAGUUCACAGUUGAUGGGGGGGGUGGGGUUGCAGCUAAAGGGGUUGGAUUCAGUUCAGCCCCUUCUUCAAAUAGCAGGACCUGGGGCUCCCUUGGGAGGAUAUAUAUUUAAUAAAAUAAAAAUGAAUAAAUAAAAUGUUUAUGGAAGAGGCAGAGAUCCAGUGGAAGCUUCUAUGCAAUUCCCGUCUCCAUCUGUUCCCAAUGGUCUCCCAACCCUCUGAAGCAGAAUUUUUUGGGGAAGCACAAAGGGGCUACAAUGGGAAGCGGCCGUUGUUCAACCCUUCCUCAAGGUCAAAGGUCUCUGGAUCCAGCACAAAUUACUUCCUGUAAAUCCAGAUUUCGGGACUAUUUGUAUUUGCCUUUAGCUAUGCUGGAACUAAAAACACAGGUGUCAUCGACGCAGUUUCUUGCUCUGCAUAAUAUCCCCACCUUACGGUUUCAACAUUAAGAUACGUGAAGGAGGUCCACGAAGGAAAUGUUUCCUGACCCAGAUUCCCCUGGCUAUGACCUCUGAAGACCUUCUCUGGAUAGUCAUCAUCACCACCACCACCACCAUUUAUUAUUUCUACCCUGCCCAUCUGGUUGGGUUUCCCCAGCCACUCUGGGCAUCUCCCAACAGAAUAUUAGAAACACGAUAAAACAUUAAACAUUAAAAGCUUCUCUAAACAGGGCUGCCUUCAGAUGUCUUCUAAAAGUCAGAUAGUUGUUUAUUUCCUUGGCAUCUGAUGGGAGGGCGUUCCACAGGGCAGGCGCCACCACCGAGAAGGCCCUCUGCCUGGUUCCCUGUAACUUCACUUCUCGCGGUGAGGGAACCGCCAGAAGGACCUCGGAGCAGAACAUUGGGGUGGAGAUGCUACUGAGCAAUAUGGGAUUGAGAGGUCCAGGUAAAUAAAUGUGGCUGUAUGAGUCAAGCCUGUGUCUUUGUGAUAGGUCAAGCUACAAAUCAAAUACAGAGCGCAAAUUUAAAACCGGGCAAUUCUUCAUUUUUGCAAUUGUUUCCUAAUUAUUCCAGGACCUGAAAACCCCUGGCUGGUGCAAGCAUAUAUCUCUGCUGCAAAGCACCCUUUUGGUUGUGUCGUGGCUCAGGAAGUGUUUCAGAGUGGCAUUAUCCCCGCAGAAACAGAUUUCCGCAUUUACAGAGAUUUCGGCAACGUUCCAGGUAUGUUGCUUGACCGUUUGGUUGGGCCUUUAUUUCUGCUUCCUUGUGUGUGCAGGAGAACGAAAGAAAGAAGGUAGAAAAGAUGGUUCUCUUUUGUGAGCUGUGCAAACAGAAACGUGUGAUCUGGAGCGUUACGGUGCAGGCUUAGCCGUCCAGCGCUCGAAAGAAUUUCAGGCAUUUCUUUCCUGGGGCGAUAUAACUAAUGGCAAAGGGGCACAGGGUGCACAGAUUUCGAAGCAACAGCAAUAAACUGCAACUUGAAAGCACUUAGAAUCUUGAUCCUGUUCCAGGACAAUCCAGACCCAUUCAGGGCAGUGGUGAGGUGUGAUUCUGUGCCAGAGCUGCUGCUGUAUCCAGAACCCUGUUGCUCGCACCAACCAGGGUGGAAGGCAGGGAGACAUCAGUCAAAUAAUGACAGUGGGGUCAACUCUGGCUCUAGUGGCUCUGCCACGGGGGACAGAAAUACUGGUGCCUCACUGCAGGCAGAGGCUGGCAGAGCUGGACAGAGGAACCAUCCAGUCAAUGCUCCCCCUUCAAUUUAAUAAUAAUAAUAAUAAUAAUAAUAAUUUAUUAUUUGUACCCCACCCAUCUGGCUGAGUUUCCCCAGCCACUCUGGGCGGCUUCCAACAAAGAUUAAAAAUACAUUGAAAUGUCACACAUUAAAAACGUCCCUGAACAGGGCUGCCUUCAGAUGUCUUCUAAAUGUCAGGCCGUUGUUUAUCUCUUUGACAUCUGGUAGGAGGGCGUUCCACAGGGCGGGGGCCACUAGCAAGAAGGCCCUCUGCCUGGUUCCCUGUAGCUCUGCUUCUCACAGUGAGGGAACUGCCAGAAGGCCCUCGGCGCUGGACCUCAGUGUCCGGGUAGAACGAUAGGGGUGGAGACGCUCCUUCAGGUAUAUCGCUAUAUCGUCAAAACUGGUUUGACGUCCGUAUCGUGAUAUCAGUUUCUUAAUUUUUGACCUGGCAAUAUAUUGCAAGUUAUGGUGCAUGUGUGCUAUGCAAAAAUCACAAUGCAGGGAAAACCGCGAAGCCAGCCAAGGCUUCUCUCGAUCCCUGCAGCCCCUGUUGAUCUCUGUGCCGGGCACAGGAGAAAUGAAGGGGGAGGCCAGAGGUCACAGGUGAACGUGCAAAUUUGCAUUUGGGGAAAGAGAUGGGUAUAUAAGCAAUUCAUUUCGUUUUGUGGAAAGUUAUUUGGUUUAGUUAAAUAACACCUUGGCUAUUUUUUAGUUUGAUCACAUUACCAUUAAAUUAUAUCAACAGGGAUAGACCUGGCUUUCAUUGAAAAUGGUUACAUCUACCACACAAAGUACGACACUGCAGACCGAAUUCUGACAGAUUCUAUUCAGAGAGCAGGUUGGUAAAACUCAAGAGUUUCUCAGGGAUUUUAUAGCAAUGUAAAUCAAAACAUUGCUUUGCGUGCUGGUUGUUACAACUCAAAACCACAGGCGUGCUUUAGUAUUCCAAAGAAAUCAAACCUGUGGGGAAGGAAAUCCAAAAUACCCCUGGGCUGGGUAUUGGCUUUAUGAAUUGGGCGGCCUACACUACUUGGAUUGUAUGCUUUAAUCAGUGAAGGCAAUUUAUAGAUUUCACACCCUGAUUUUACAUACUUUUAGCUAUCUCCCAGUUACGCCUUCAUCUGCUUUCUUUUAUCAUUCUUGGCAUUGAAUUUCAGUUGGAAAAUUAUUUUUCCUUUUUGCCUUAGUUUUCUCUACAUUUUAGAGAAAAUAUAGAGUUUCAGUUUAAGAGUUUCAAUUUGUAAUGUUCUUAUAGUACUGAGAAUGCCUGCAUAAAGUCUGGUUAUAGGGUCACUUUGUUUUUUGUUUUUACUUCAUUUUGAUCAUAAAGUUCCAAUUCCUAUUUUGUUGUGUAAUGCCAUGUGGGGAAUUUUAUGUGAAAACAAUGUAUGGGGGUGGGGAGGGGAGAGAGACAAAUUCUAAAUAUAUGCUCAUAUUUUUUCCCAAAGGUGACAAUAUUUUGGGUGUGCUAAAGUACUUAGCGGAGUCGGACAAACUGGCCAAAUCUCAUGAAUAUCGACAUGGAAAUGUUGUCUUCUUUGACGUCUUUGGCAUGUUCGUUAUGUCCUACCCAGCUCGUGUCGGCUCCAUUAUGAACUAUAUCGUUACAGCCGUUGCGUUUCUUUAUCUGGGGAGAAAAACAUUGCAACUGAGAAAAAGAGGUACUGGUUAUAAUUCCAUUUAUGAACAGACAAACGGGCCCUUUGCAUGAUUAUAGCUUUCUCUUAAGUCUUUAUUCACCAUUUUAUUUAUUUCCCAGCUUUCCCCCAAGGAGCUCAAGGUCCCGUAUACACUCCACCUCCCCCCCUCUAUUCUGUCCUUGCAACAGUCUUGUGAGGUAGGUUAGACUAAGGUGGAAUCUAGACACAUUAAAAAAAAAAGUUGUGAAAAUGUUUCUUUAAAAAAAGUUUCGGGAAAUGUAUGGAAUUUGACAUAGCUCGCCAUCACCACCUAGUGUCACAUUUGUAUAUUGCACUUUACAACACUCUUAAAACAUUUUAUUUGCAGCCAUAUAGCUGAGUCCUAGGGGGGACGCAGGUGGCGCUGUGGGUAAAAGCCUCAGCGCCUAGGACUUGCCGAUUGAAAGGUCGGCGGUUCGAAUCCCCACAACGGGGUGAGCUCCCGUAGCUCAGUCCCAGCGCCUGCCAACCUAGCAGUUCGAAAGCACCCCCGGGUGCAAGUAGAUAAAUAGGGACCGCUUACUAGCGGGAAGGUAAACGGUGUUUCCGUGUGAUGUGCUGGCUCGCCAGAUGCAGCUUGUCACGCUGGCCACGUGACCCGGAAGUGUCUGCGGACAGCGCUGGCUCCCGGCCUAUAGAGUGAGAUGAGCACACAACCCUAGAGUCUGUCAAGACUGGCCCGUACGGGCAGGGGUACCUUUACCUUUACCUUUAGCUGAGUCCUAAGAGGCAGUGCGUAUCUCAAGGUCACCCAGCAGGCUUCAUGGCUGAGUGGGGAUUCAACCCCCUGGACUCCCAUCUCCUAGGGUGAUGCUGUAAUCACUACCCCAAACUGGCUUUUAGUUUUUGUUGCUGCGCUUAACGCAUUUUACCAAGAAAGCCGCCAACAAGUUUUAAACUGCCGGAGGUGGAGAGGAUGCACUAAAGAGAGAGCAUCGGAUGCGUGUUGGCCUCAUUUGAAAAGGAAACCAAGACACCUUGGCUGCGAUUCAAUUGUAGAGUUGGAAGGGACCCAAUCGUCAUCUAGUCCAACCCCCUGCAGUGCAGGAAUCUCAGGUGUCCUGGCAGAGACACUUGCCCGACUGGCAUGUUCCCUCCCUCCUGGUCGAUCGUUCGGGAGCUUCAAAACAUCACAGCGACCGAUGCCAACCGACACCGGCACACUUAGGGAUCCACAGAAUUUGCACAUCAUGCGCAUGACAGACCUCAGCAACUCAGCAUUUUGGCUAAUUUACUUUAUUUACAUAUAAACACACACGGAGCACUGCAACAUGGCUCCCUCUCUCUCUAGCAUCAGACAGCAAAGAGAGAGAACAAAGGACAAUAGUCCCACUUCACGGAACACAGUGACACGAACAUCCUGUCUCUAUCACUUCCCACACUGUGGAAUGAAAACAUACACCGUCAUGUGAUAGACAACAAUCCUAUGACUGCAAUCAUGGAGCAGGAAUUCUAACAGAUCAUACAUGACAGAUGGCCAUCCAGUCUCUGCUUAAAAACCUCCAAAGAAGGAAAGCCCAUCACCUCUUGUGGGAGUCUGUUCCACUGUCAAACAGCUAUUACUGUCAGAAAGUUCUUUCUGGUGUUGAGUUGGAAUCUCAUUUCUUAUAACUUGAAGCCUUUGGUUCAGGUCCUGCCCUCUGUAGCAUUGUGGUUUUGGCAUUUUAAAAAAAGUAAAUGACCCCCUGGACGGUUAAGUCCAGUCAAAGGCGACUAUGGGGUUGCGGCGUUCAUCUCGCUUUCAGGCUGUGGGAGCCGGCGUUUGUCCACAGACAGCUUUCCGGGCGAUGUGGGCAACGUGACUAAACCACUUCUGGCGCAUGGAGCACCGCGACAAAGACCAGAGUGCACAUAAAUGCCGUUUACCUUCCCGCCACAGUGGUACCUAUUUACCUACUUGCACUGGUAUGCUUUUGAACUGAUAGGUUGGCAGAAGCUGGGACAGAUCAGUGGGAGCUCACCCUGUCGUGGGGAUUCGAACCACCGACCUUUCGAUUGGCAAACCCAAGAGGCUCAGUGGAUUAGACCACAGCGCCACCCAUGUCCCCAAGGUUUUUGCAUAACGCGUGCGCACACACGCAUACACACACAUCAUCGUGAUUUGCAAUAUAUUACCAAGUCAAAAAAUAUGAAACUGAUACCACAAUAUGGAAGAGGGGACAUGUUUGUUUUCUCCUUCUCUGGAGAAUAAAUAGCAAAAAGGUGAGGCCUGGCCAUUUACCACCCAGUUCUGAAAAGAGAGGUAUCAUUGUUCCUUUGGUUAGGUGUGCCUAGUUUGGAUCCUGUAGCCUUGGCAGUUCCAGCUAGAAGAAAUGUAUUGAUCUGGGCUUCAUGUCUUUCUCGUCCUGCAGUGAGUUAUCUGAAGGAACUUGCCAUUGCCUUUGGCUUCUCAGUCCUCAGUUGGUUUGCUGUCUUGAUUGGCGUCCUUAUCAUAGCCGUGUUUAUCUCUCUCCUUGGACGCUCCCUUUUCUGGUACACCCACUUCCAUGCCUCCGUUCUUCUGUAUGGAACUGCAGCCGUGGCUGGACUAAUUCUCUUGCAUACAUUAGCCAAGACAUUCUAUUACAAAGUAAGUGUGGCAUGCAAAAAUGUAGGACUUGAAAUAAUAGCAGUUCUCUGGUUUUCCUUUAAUUAUAAACAUACAGUGGUACCUCAGCUUACAGACGCUUCAGGUUACAGUCGCUUCAGGUUACAGACUCCGCUAACCCAGAACUAUUACCUCAGGUUAAGAAGUUUGCUUCAGGAUGAGAACAAAAAUCGUGCGGCGGCGGCAUGGUGGCAGCGGGAGGCCCCAUUAGCUAAAGUGGUGCUUCAGGUUAAGAACAGUUUCAGGUUAAGAACGGACAUCCGGAACGAAUUAAGUUCUUAACCCGAGGUACCACUGUAUAGGCCUAAAUCCAGCACAGAAUUAGGCGAACUUAAUCCCAUUGAAACAUGAGUUUGACCAAACUUCGGGAGGCAGUGGAAGACAGGAGUGCCUGGCGUGCUCUGGUCCAUGGGGUGACGAAGAGUCGGACACGACUAAACGGCUGAACAACAACAAAUCCCAUUGAAACCAGUGGAUUUAAGCCUGCCUAACUGUGUGUUGGAUUUAGUCAAAAGACUGCCUCAUUCUGACUUAGUCUGAUGGUCCAUCUAAUCCAUUAUUUCCCACCGACUGGCAGCAGGUCUGCGGGGUCUUUGGCAGUAGUUGUUCCCAUCACCUGCUAUCUGUUUCUUUUCAGUGGAGAUUCUGCAUGUGCUGCCCUGCUGAGCUGUGCCCCUUCCCUUAAAUUGGGCACAGAUGCAAAGGUAAAGGUAAAGGGACCCCUGACCAUUAGGUCCAGUCGUGACUGACUCUGGGGUUGUGGCACUCAUCUCGCUAUAUUGGCCGAGGGAGCCGGUGUACAGCUUCCGGGUCAUGUGGCCAGCAUGAAUAAGCUGCUUCUGGUGAACCAGAGCAGCGCACAGAAAUGCCAUUUACCUUCCCGCUGGAGCAGUACCUAUUUAUCUACUUAUACUUUGAUGUGCUUUUGAACUGCUAGGUUGGCAGGAGCAGGGACCGAGCAAUGGGAGCUCACCCCGUCCAUCGCAGGGAUUCGAACCGCCGACCUUCUGAUCGGCAAGUCCUAGGGCUCUGUGCUUUAACCCACAGCGCCACCUGCGUCCCACAGAUGCAAAACUCAUAGCUUAAUUCUGUCGGCUGUGCACUGGACUGCUUUCUUCUCCAGGUUGCUUGAUUCAGGAGCCAAGUUUCUUUCUUUCUCCUCUUACACAGAUUCAGCAAUUGGCCUAAUAAUUGUUGAUCCAAAAACUCCAGGUUUGGCAUGCUGCCUCUUGUGGGUGGGUGGGUAUGAGAGAAACUGCAGGCAGUGCGUUGGCAGGAGAAGCUCUGUGCUUUAGGCACCAUUCAUUCUGAAGUGGGGGAGUAAAUCUAAUUAUGCCGUUCCAGUCUGGCUGCGUUGGGUAAAGUAUUAAAUGAAUUAGAGCCAGUUACUGUUCAUAGAAUAACAACUUUGGCAAUAAGCAUUGUGCAAAAAUAAAUAAAGAUGUUAUAAAUUGCAACAAAUGGGCUGUGCCCUUCAUCCCCCUAGCUCAGGAAUUCAGGCUUUAUAUUGGUGGUGUCUGGGGCAGCAGUCUUAAUUAUGUUCUUUCAAUUUUACAUUAGCACAAGCAUUUUGGCUUGCUAGGUGGAACAGUCCCUCCCUUUCGUCUCCUUGCAUGCUGUUCCGGGAGUUCUCCUGGCCCAGCCCCCAAAAAAGAUUUUUUUGAGUGUGUGUCAGAAAAAACAGUGUUUUGCAAUUGGAUGUCCUUGAACUUGAGACUGUUGAAUCCUGCCCUGUGUAACAUAGCACAUUUCUCUAGGCUGUUUAAGUACAAACAUUAAGAAAAACACAGAGAUGGUUAUCCGCUUACCUGAGAACAAGCUCCUUUGAACAUGGUGGGACUUGACUUUUAAGCAAAUAUGCACAGAACUGCUCGGCCAGUCUGCUUCUUAAGAAACUUGGAACUUUUGUUGCUUACAUUUCAUAAUGCACAGACAUUUAAAUUUGUUGCUUACAUUUCAUAAUGCACAGACAUUUAAAUUUGUUGCUUACAUUUCAUAAUGCACAGACAUUUAAAUUUGCCUCUCUUUUCUGUCUGCUUGUUUUGUUUUCCCAGAAUACAAGCGAACAGUUCCUGGGAGAGCUCUUCUUUGAUGUUCCAGUUGUUUUUUGGUCAAUUAUGUUGGCUUUGCUUACUUACCUAGGACAUUCCUCAGCAUUUGUCAGUGCAAUAUGGAUUGUGUUUCCGCUGCUCACAAAAUUAAUGACCUAUAAGGAACUGAAAGAAAAAGGUAUGGUGAUGAUGAUACCUCUGAGACUUGCCUUUGAGAGUUCUUGUAAGGAUUGCAAGAAGAUAAUAUUUGCAAAGAACUUUAGGGUGUUCCUAUAUAAAUUAUUAUGACUUUCUAUGGCAGAAAUUCUAGUGGAAAUGUUCACAGCUGGGGAAUAGUAAUAAUAAUAAUAAUAAUAAUAAUAAUACCCCAGCCACUCUGGGUGGCUUCCAACGCAUACAAGAACAAAAUAAAACAUCAAACAUUAAUAGCAACAAUCUGAUGCAAUAUAAAAAAAGUCACAAUAACUUUAAAAUAAACAACAUAUCAAAUAAAGCAAUAUUCAGUAAUCCAUUCAAAUCUAAUAGUAAACAGUAAAAUUUCAUGCAUAUUUACAUGUAUAUCCGCAGAGGCUUGGGGUGGCAGACUUCAUUCUUCAAAACCCUACAAUGUAUUACAUGUAAUUGACUUUUUAUUUCUAUUCUUUGAAUAUCGUAUUGUUGUUUUAUUGCUGUGGCCAAUGGCUGACGCAAAUAAAGAUUCGUUCAUUCAUUCUUCCCCUCUCCAUGUGAUCUUCACAACAACACUGUGUGUGGUAGGUUAGACUUCUAAAAGUUUUUCUCUGGUCCAAGGUCACCAUGUGAGUUUCAUAACCAGGUGGAGAUUUGAGCCCCUGGCCAGGGUGCAAAUGGAGAAGGAGACUUGCUUUUCUCCUCUCUCUCUCUCUUUUUGUUACUGUGGAAAAUGUGAGGCAGCUGAGGGGCCUGAGGACCACCUCACCUCAGUGGAUCCCAGGCUCUCUGCCAUAGCAGAGCUCCUCCACCUUGUAGACUCUUGCCUUCAUGCCAACCUCUUGCCCCUACAAUGAAGUUGUAGACGGUAGAUGUUAAUGAAGUUGUCGACAGGGUGCUGGUGUUUUGCACCUGUUUCGCACUGGCAGAUAGCACGAUAGUAUAUUUGCAUCUUAAAAAGCAGAGACAUCACCUUGCCAACAAAGGUUCGUAUAGUUAAAGCUAUGGUUUUCCCAGUAGUGAUGUAUGAAAGUGAGAGCUGGAUCAUAAAGAAGGCUGAUUGCCGAAGAAUUGAUGCUUUUGAAUUAUGGUGCUGGAGGAGACUCUUGAGAGUCCCAUGGACUGCAAGAAGAUCAAACCUAUCCAUUCUGAAGGAAAUCAGCCCUGAGUGCUCACUGGAAGGACAGAUCAUGAAGCUGAGGCUCCAAUACUUUGGGCACCUCAUGAGAAGAGAAGACUCCCUGGAAAAGACUCUGAUGUUGGGAAAGAUGGAGGGCACAAGGAGAAGGGGACGACAGAGGACGAGAUGGUUGGACAGUGUUCACGAAGCUACCAGCGUGAGUUUGACCAAACUGCAGGAGGCAGCGGAAGACAGAAGUGUCUGGCGUGCUCUGGUCCAUGGGGUCAUGAAGAGUCGGACACGACUAAACGACUAAACAACAACAAUAUUGAUAGCCAAUCAGUCUCUUAAGCUUAAGCCAAGAAAGAGUAUUCUCUAUAAGAUUGAAUAUCAAUAUACGUAUCAAGUCUUUGAGAUCAGAAGCCCGUAAAACUACCUUGGGCGUGUGCUACCUGCAAGCCCCAGCAAAAGGGCCCCAUCAGGGGCAAACAGUGGCCACUUGAUUACUUGGACUGCCAGGGCGAAACAGGUGCAAAACGCUGGCACCUGUCGUCUACAACUUCGUCUACAACUUCAUUAACAUCUAUCUACAACUCCAGUAGCAUCUCUCGGUAUUGUGAAUAACAUCGACCUUACCUUUUGUUGGUAUCUUCAUGAACUUAUCUAAAAGACUGAGUUAAGCAUUUGAAAAAUAUAUUGAAACCAGACAUUAUAAGUUCAUCGUUGGUUGGGUAGUUCGCAGGUCUCUGUGGCUUUGUUUAAUGUUUUGUAUUUUUCUCAGAAGGUUGAUAAAGAAUGUAUAAUUAAUUAAUUAAUUAAUGUAUAAUGUCUAUUAAUCGGCAAGGUGUUGCAUGGGUCGCACAACCAGUUAUGCCGCCAGCUUUGCAAAAAGCUUCUGCUAGUGCAACUUGUUGUGCAAAUUAUCUGCAAAUUCACUUAGGCAGACAUAAGUAAUUAUGCCCAAACCUCACAAUCUACUCCGCAGAUUCAGACACCCAAAGAGCCAGAGUUUGCCUGUUUCCUUACUUGGUGUUCUUCACUGGCUGAUGGCAGCCAUUUUUGGACCGAAAUCACUGGGGGGGGGGGGGGCGGCGAGCAAGACUGGAUGAAUCGGAGAGCAGGAGAGAUUGGACAGAUCAGUCUUUCCUUCGUCUCUCUUGCUGGUUGGCUUCAGCCAUUUUAGGAAGAAACCAUGGCAGGAGGGGGAGGGAACUCGGUGGGAUUCGUGGACUUGUUGGGUGAAUGCUUGCUUAAUGGACUAUUUCCUGGGAACGCUUUGUGGGUGGACUUUUGUAUAUUUAAUUUCAUAUUCAUCAUGCUUGCCCAUGCUUGCACAGCAGCCCUGGUGUUAGUGGUGAAAGAACAUUAAAUCUGAAGAAAGGUCUAGAAUUCUAUAUAAAAUAUAAAAUAAAUAAAAUUUUAUUAUUAUUAAGGCACAGUCUGACCCCCUCCUUUGGUAAACUUCACAGAAUGGUUGCCCAAUGUUUGCCAUUAAUUUGAUUUUGAAUUGAUUUUAAAAUGAAUUGAUUUUAGACUGCUGUGUUAGUUUUAUUGUUGUUAGCCGCUCUGAGCCCGUCUUCAGCUGGGGAGGGUAGGAUAUAAAUAAAAUUUUAUUAUUAUUUUUAUUAUAUUGCCAGCAACUUCUUCUCCCCCCCCCCCCCCAAUGCAGGUGCCACAAUGAAAUUUCUAUCAGUUUACCUCCUUGGAAUGUUUAUUCCACAUGUCUAUUCGUUAUACCUCAACUGGAUUAUAUUUGAAAUGUUAAUUCCCAUCUUGGGACGCAGUGGUUCAGAAAUUCCACCCGAUGUCGUCGUGGCUGCUUUUAUCGUUUUGGCGACGAUAUUUCUGUCUUCCUACUUUGUAAGAAUGCUUUCAGAAAUACUUUGUGUUCUACUAAUUCAGCUGAUUCACAGUGCAGUCCUAGGCAUGCUUUCUCGGAAGCAAGUCUCGUUAUAUUCAUUGCUGCUUACUGCAGAGAAGUAGUGUAUAGGGUCCCAGCAUUAAGAACCUUUGAUCUGUAGGUUAAACAAAUGCUGUGACAAUUCUUGUGUUUUCAAAAAAUAAAAAUGCAAAUACAUGUGGCUUCUUUGCGCAUGUGACCAUGAAUUUUCCGAGACCAUUUUUCUCAACAUCUUUCUGUUUUAAGCUGUGAAACAUGUAUGGCCCGAGAGCUUGUGCGUGAAUUGCAAAUUGCCAUGGGCUGUGUUUCAAUUAGCUGCUUUUUAAGUUUUCCCUCUUGCGAAAUAGAGUAAUUAACAUGUCCACACACACAAAAAAGUUAGCAGGUUGCUCACGUUCACGAACUUUGUUUUUCUCGGCGGGACGCUGGGAGGUCAGCAAAUCUGCUGUUUCUGCUGGAAUACAUGCAAAUUAUGUAGAUGAAUUAGCGUAAUGAAUUGUGCCCAUUAAGUUAUGUGGAAGGGGAGGGAACCGUAACCCCAACUUGCAACCCCUGGAAAUUCUGCACAGCACUCCUCUAGCAUCUUAGAUUUCACCAGUCAUCGCCAAUACUAUCUUCACAGCCCUUAAGGAGCAGGAACAUUUUCUUAUAUUUUAACAAAAGCUGAUAUUUUCAGAAUGUUUCUUUCUGCUCACUAGUAAAUACCAUGCUAGUUUGCUCUCUCCUGACCUUACUAAAGGAGAGGUAUGAAAGACCCUGGUUCAGAUCUCUGCUUAAAUAUGAUACUUUAUAAGUCAGAUAUAGGCAGACCAGAUUUCUUUUAUUUUCUUUCUCCUGGAACCCCAAAGCCCAUUGAAUGGAACCAGGUUCCUAGCCUUAGAAUUAAGAAACAGGAAUGAUUUCUGCACAUGUGCCCAGCAGUUCAUUUACAGUACCACUCCUAGUUUUCCCCCAAGCUUUGUUCAUUCGAGCGGCCUAAUUUAGAGAGAAAAGCCUUUUUUUAAAAACAGUUGGGAGCUGAUUUUUUUUCUAAAUUGUCCAGAGAUUUGCUGGUAGAUCCCUUUCUCCCAUCUGCCUGUCCCCUAAACCAUGUGGUCCUUGUUAGAUCACUGGCCCUCAUCCAGAUUUGCCACGCAGAGUUGUGUUUGGGAGAAGUCUUUGCGAUUAAAUAAACCUAAAUUUCAAAAGCUUGCAGGUUCGCUAGUUGGUUUUUCUGGAUAUGUGUUUAUAGAUGAAGUAUUCUUAUCCUUGUUUUUUUCUCCUGUUCUUCAGCUUAAAUUCAUCUACCUUGCCAAAAGUACAAAGAUGUCAAUAAUAACGUUAGCAACUGUUUCUGCAAUCAUGUUCGUCCUGGUUUGCAGUGGAAUCUUCUUCCCGUUCAGUUCAGAUUUUGCAAACCCCAGACCAAAACGAAUCUUUCUUCAGGUAAGGAACCCUUUAAUGCUGCAGAGGGCGUAUCCAUGCAAUUGUUAACGAAAGAUAUGGUGAAUGAGUGAAACUCAGCAAGUCUUUGAAGCUGUUGGCUCAUAAUGCUCUGUGUAGCCACUGAAAUGGACCAGAGAUAAACACAGGAAACUUGGGAUGAUGCUGUAGUAGUGAAACACUUACCUUCCAACCCUUUAAAUCUUUUAUGUAUUUAUCAUAGCCGUCCAUGACUUUUUGUGCAGUUCUGUGUUUGAACUGCAGUAGUUUGAGUUUAGAAACUAACAUUUGGUUCUGUUUGGGAACAAGUUGGAAUUUCUUCCUUGAUAUAUUCUUCAGAAGUUGAUAAAUGUACAUUUAUUGCUCGUUAGAGUCUGAGUAAGUUCCCAUUGAUCCCCGAAGGGAAAGUAUUUACUGACACGUGUCAGACUUAGGUUCUCAUGACAUCUAGUCUAGUACGAUUCUUUGGAGCUAUAGGUCAACCCUGAAGGUUGAUUUGUAUGUCUUAAUUCAAUCGUUGGAGUAAUAAUAAUUAUUAUUUAUACCUCACCCAUCUGGCUGGCUCCCAACAGAAUGUUAAUAAUAAUAAUAAUAAAGUGAUAAAACAUCAACCAUUAAAAACUUCCGUAAACAGGGCUGCCUUUGGAUGUCUUCUAAAAGUCAGAUAGUUGCUUAUUUCCUUGACAUCUGAUGGGAGGGCGUUCCACGGGGCGGGUGCCACUACUGAGAAGUCCCACUGCCUGGUUCCCUGUAACCUCACUUCUCGCAGUGAGGGAACCGCCAGAAGGCCCUCGGAGUGAUGGAGGUGGAGAUGCUCCUUCAGGCAUACUGGACCGAGGCCAUUUAGGGCUUUAAAGGUCAGCACCAACACUUGGAAUUGUGCUCAGAAAUGUACCGGGAGCCAAUGUAGGUCUUUCAGGACUGGUGUUAUAUGGUCUCGGCAGCCGUUCCGAGUCACCAGUCUAGCUGCUGCAUUCCGGAUUAGUUGUAGUUUCCGAUAUAACUAUAGGGCUCCAUAGUGUCUCUGGGUAAACUCCCAAGUACAUUCUUAGCUGGCCUUUCGCUCACAUUCAGACCCACAGAGCAUUCUGUAAUGCCCUCUUGCAAAAUAUUUUGGACACCACCCAAGUUGGUAGUUGGUUUUCCCUUGAAGAUGGAAAGUAAACUCUCGUCUCGCAAAAUUGUUGCCUCCAUGGGCUGUGUACACACCAUAAACGUAAAGCACACAGCUUUCCCCAGAGAAUCCUGGAAACGGCAGUUUAGCCCGCACAAGAGCUACAAUUCCCAGAAACCUCAACAAACUACAGUUCCCAGGAUUAUCUGGGGGAAGUCAUGUGCUUUAACUGUAUGGUUUGUGCAAAUCCUUAAGGCUGGUCUUUGUGGAUUGUCAUAAUAAGUCCACUGAACAGAUAACCCGCAAUCAAAAUUUAAUGCUGAGCCUUUUUGGGUCACUUUUCCAGCACAUGAGUCGAAGAUUUCAUAACCUGGAUGGGCAGUUGGCGAAAAGUGAUUCUGGAAUAUGGAUUAAUGGGCUCGACUAUGGCGGGAUAUCUCAUAUCACUCCUCAUAUACCUGAACUCAACGAUUCCAUUAGAACCAAAUGCGAGGAAGGCGCACCUCUCUGUGGAUUUCCCUGGAUCCUUCCCGUGGACUAUUUAUUCAAGUUGGUAACAUCGUCUCCUCAAUGUACUAUUUAGUGUUUUAAUAAGAUUGAGAGCAGAUGUAAUGCUUUUAAAAACAAACAGACAGUGAACUGGUAUUUAGGUUAGGUUUACAGUGGUCCCUUGGUUCUCAAACAUAAUCCGUUCUGGAAGUCAGUUCCAAAACCAAAGCGUUCCAAAACCAAGGCGUGCUUCCCCAUAGAAAGUAAUGCAAAACGGAUUAAUCCAUAAGCUUUUAGGAAAACUUUGGAUUUUUUAAAGUAGAAUUCUUUUUUCUUUUGGGCAUCUGCCAACCAAAACGUUGAUUUAUUCCAACACGUUUGGUUUUAUAAGUUUGUUUUUGUUUUUUUAUAUGACAAAGAUAGUCGUUUGGAUUUACUUUAUGUGUUUGUGGCUGGCUGUAAGGCCAUAACUUUAGUUUUCAAACCUAUCCGUGUUUGACGCUGUGAUGUGACCAGUUGUGUUGUGCAGAGUCUUUAAGUUGGACAGAUUCAAUACCGAGCAGUAAUUUAAAGUACUUUAGAAGUGCCGUUUUGGAGGGUCACAUUAAUCUUAAACGCAACCUCUUCUUGCAGGAAAAAUUGGUAUCUUCCUGCUCCAGCCAUCACUCCCAAGAAACCAGCUCACUUUCAGCUUCUCUCCAAAGAGCGAACGCCGUCAGAUUCUACAAAGUUCACCUUUGAAAUAACUGGUGAGUUGUGUGUGCUAUUGUAUUUUUAUUUGCUAUUUACCGUUGGGGAGAUGUUCUGGUUUCUGCAGGUGGCAAUGCUAGUCCUAAAAUACUGAGAGGAAGGCUGCUGACAAACAAUUCCCUGUCACUGGCAGCCUGGAUAGGUCAGCAUGGUGCUGAUAACGCAGAGGUUGCAGGUUGGGUCCCCAUAUGGACAGCUGCAUAUUCCUGCAUUGCAGGAAGUUAGGACUAGAUGAUCUAUGACCCUAACAGUCCAGUUUCCCAGAUAUAGGAAAUUUUGCAUGCCACAGUUGCAGUAGGCAUGAGAGAGCUUCUGCCUGUAAUAGGCUCUUGUAUAUGAAAAGUUAUUGAAAGUAUAUGAAAAUUAGUUGGUCCUUACAGUGCCACAAGACUUUGUCAUCUCUGCAGCAAGCAACUAAAGGGCUACCUUCUGGCGAUUUGUUUAAAUUUUUAUGCUGCUUUUUAGGCCUUCAAAGCAGCUUGCAGACUAAAGGCAAAUAAGCGAUAAGAAUGAGACAAGUACAAACAGAAGCUCAGUGCACAGCUUUCUAUAUAAAUAAAUAUGUAUAUGUAUGUUUCUAUUAGGGUUUAUAAAGAAGAAUACAAAGAUUGUUGUCAGAUAUAUAUUUUUGUCCAAAACCAAAACAUUAAAGGCAAAAAAGAGAAAGAGAAGAAGAGGAAGGAAGGGGAAGAGAUAGAGAAAAAGGAAUAGAAAAAGAUUGAAAAGAGAGAGAGAAAAGUUAAGAAGCUAAAGGACUUCUGAUUCCUUGUCUGUUUACUAUAUAGCUGAAGUAUAACACCUAAUAAAGCCACUUUCUAUAAAUCAUUAUCUUCAAUCCUCAAAUCCAAACAUCAUUAUUUCUUCUUCUUUUUCAUGCAAAAAGUCUGUGAGAGAUUUCCCAUCUUUAGUAAACGUUUACAAUGACUUUUCUCUGAUUAAACAUGUCGACUUCGCCCUCUCAGCUAAGUCUGUUAGUUUUAACAGCCGCUCUUCCAUCGCUGGCAAUAAUGGGUCAUAACAUCUUUGAAUGCACAACUUCCUGAAUAAAACACAGGCCCCACAUACGCUACUGAUUAACACUGGAGCACCUUUGGAGAGAGUUGGAUGUGCGAAUCCUAGACUCAUACAACCAACCUUUCUAGUUGUCCUUUGGCUGAACGAACCAGUUUGUUGUAUAAGGAAAGGUAAAGGGACCCCUGACCAUUAGGUCCAGUCGUGGCCAACUCUGGGGUUGCAGAGCUCAUCUCGCUUUAUUGGCCGAGGGAGCCGGCGUACAGCUUCCGGGUCAUGUGGCCAGCAUGACUAAGCCGCUUCUGGCGAACCAGAGCAGCGCACGGAAAUGCCGUUUACCUUCCUGCCGGAGCGGUACCUAUUUUUCUACUUGCACUUUGACGUUCUUUCGAACUGCUAGGUUGGCAGGAACAGGGACCGAGCAACGGGAGCUCACCCCGUCCGUCGCGGGGAUUCGAACCGCCAACCUUCUGAUCAGCAAGUUUAACCCACAGCGCCACCCGUCCCUUGCAGUUUGUUGUAUAGUCAUACGCUAAGUUUCAUGGUGAAUGGGUUCCUGCUGAGGAACCAUGAGCAGAUACUGAGUUCAAGUCUUAUUUGGGGACUUCUCAAAGCAUGUGGCAGGUCAUUGUGGAAAUUGAAUGCUGGACUGGACUGACUUUUUCAGCUGAUCCAGCUUCAUUUUUUUGCCUUAAAGCAAGCAGUAAGGGACAUAAAGAAAUUCAGGAGAAAAAAGAAAUUCACGAUAGUUCUGGGUACACCUGAAAAAGUUCCUAUGUUCUUCAUUCUGUGCUCAUGUAGAAAUCUCUGUCUGCCGUCUACUUUAGGUCCAAGUCACAUGUCAGUGUUUCUUCGGCCACAUGAAGGUUCAACACUGUCCAGGUGGUCUCUGGGAGAUGGAACUCCUCUUGCUAAUAAUGUAGGCAGAGAUUAUUUUAUAUAUUAUACACAUGGACUCCAGGCCUCGCCAUGGCGCUUCUGGAUAGAAAUGAAGGUGAGGCUAUAUCAAAAACAUGCAAUCGUACUUCUUAGAACUCUGUUAAAAUGAUUUGCUUUUUUGGAACACGGUUACCAAUGGUUCAUCUGUGUGUGUGUGUGUGUGUGUGUGUGUGUGUGUGUGUUUGUAAAGAAAAUGCAGGCUUUUUAUGCUGUACAUUUUUGAACUCAGUUCCCUCCUGCCCCUUGGCUUGUAAGUCUACUCUUCUUCUCCUUUGCACACAUCCUAAAAGGUUUGCUUCCAAAUGUGCUUCAUAGACAGACCAUCUAUUUCAGGGAUGGCUCACCCAUGGGUCACCUGUAGAGCUUUUUUAUGGCCCUCCCCAAACCCCUCUAAAAUCAUCAUUAACACCCACUCGCCCAGACCUGCCCACAAGGAUGCCAGCUUGAAGAGGGGAGCCCUUGCCCCCCAGUUUGAUCUCCUGACCAUAGCGAAGAGAGCCGAUAUUAUCUGUACACUGGGCCUGACGGUAAAAUCCCAAAUUAUGGCUCUUCUAUUUCUUGUAACAAGUAGAGAUGCUUUUCUUUCUUUUUCUUUCUUUUAAAUUUUAUUUAUACUUUUCAAAUACAGUGGUACCUUGGUGCUCAAACUUAACCCGUUCCGGAAGUCCAUUCCAAAACCAAAGUGUUCCAAAACCAAGGCGCGCUUUCCCAUAGAAAGUAAUGCAAAACGGAUUAAUCUGUUCCAGACUUUUAGAAACAACCCCUAAAACAGCAAUUUAACAUGGAUUUCACUAACUGACGAGACCAUUGAUCCAUAAAAUGAAAGCGAUAAACAAGGUACUGCAGUCACACAGUCAAUCCAUCAGUAGCUGAAAUGGGUUCCACACAGUCACAAAAAAUGCUGCAAAAACAAAAACCGCAAAAUAAAUAGCAAAGAUAGACCUCAGCAUAACACUGAGAAUGGAAGUGUGGCACUCAAAUUGGAAGUGUAACACUCAAAAUGGAGCAUGUUCGGCUUCUGAAAGAAGUUCGCAAACCGGAACACUUCCAGGUUUGCAGUGUUUGGGUUCCAAGUUGUUUGAGUACCAAGGCGUUUCAGAACCAGGGUACCACUGUAUACCGUAUUUUUCGCUCUAUAGGACGCACUUUUUUCCCUUCAAAAAUGAAGGGAAAAUGUAUGUGCGUCCUAUGGAGCGAAGACGCCAUAGCCCCGCGACCCUCUCCCGGCUGGAGAGGUGACGCGCGGCUAUAGAAGCUCCUGCCAUCGCCGUGCGGCACCUCUCCAGCCGGGAGAGCGCGCGCGGCGGUAGAAGCCAUAGCCCAGCGACCCUCUCCCGGCUGGAGAGGUGACGCACGGCCAUGGCAGGAGCCUCUCCGCUGCACCUUCCGCUGCUCUCUGAACUGCUCUUUGGGGCUGGUGGUGGGCUUCCCCCCGCCAGCCCCAAAGAGCAGGUCGAACGGAACCUGAAGCCUGGAGAGCGAGAGGGGUCAGUGCACACCGACCCCUCUCGCUCUCCAGGCUUCCAAGGUAGCCGCCUGAACGCACCUUAAACGGCACCUUGUUUUAGAGCGGGAAAACAAGAGGGAAAGUUCUCCCCUCACUGCACCGCGCCUCCAGCCACAUCGCUGAACGUGCGCUCCCCAGAGAGGGGGAGAAAAUUUUUUUCUUGUUCUCCCCCCUCUAAAACAAAGUGCGUCCUAUUGUCCGGUGCAUCCUAUGGUGCGAAAAAUACGGUAACUGAUUUUACAUUCAUUUUGACAUUUUAAAACUUGACUUACUUCCCCCUUUCUGCGGUUCCUUAAAUUUAUUUUUACUAUCUUCUGCAUAUCCAAAUUAACUUAACUUGCUCAUUUAUUUAUCUUCUUUAUAUAUUUUUUAUACCCUUAUAUAGCUGCAGGUUAUUACAAUAAUCCUGCCAGUGUUUUUAUCUGUUUACAAUUUAUCCGUAAAUAUUCAAUAAACCAUUUCCAUUCUUUUAUAAAAAGUUUGUGAUCUGGAUUUCUUAUUCUUCCAGUAAGUUUCGCCAUUUCUGCAUAUUCCAUAACUUUUCGUAUCCAUUCUCCCUUUGCUGGGGCUUCUUUUUCUUUCCAUUUUUGGGCAAGUAGCGUUCUUGCUGCUGUAGUCGUAUACAUACAUAAAUUUCUAUAUAAUUUAGGUAGUUCUAUCCUUAUAAUUCCCAUACUUGUGCUUUUCAUACCUCUAGCACAAUCUGUGUAGUCAUAGCUGUUUUGUCCCUCAUUUAUUAACCUGUUUUUUGUGUGUGUGUUUUUUACUUUUAAUUUUCUACCUAGUCUGAUAUUUAAUAGGGAGAAAAUUCCUUCUGUAUCCCUGCAUGACAUAGAAUGGCUUCUGUAUAGGCUGUUUCUUCAUACUGGAUUCCCUUUUUAGCCAGCAGCAAGCAGCAAAAACAUCUGCUGUAUAUCAGAGGGUGCCUUUGGAAACUUCAGCCCAUCCUAGAAUGUGCAUGUGAUUACAAGCCUAGUGUUUCUAAUUGUAUUAAAAGGUCAAACCCACAAUUUUCCUAUGAACCAACAUUUCUACUUUUGCUUUUUGUGAGCCUUUUUAAAAAAUGAGCACAGAUUGCUCCACCUCCAUAUAACUUGUUUGUUGGAUAUGCUGCUUAGCUCCCAUUUCAGUAUGCUUCCUCGUAACGUGUGUCUUAGUUGUCAAAUUGGUUUCAGUAUCAUUUGUGAGCUUUCAGCCUGCUAAAUACCAUUUUCCCUUCUUUGUAGUCUCUGUGAAGAGCACGCAAGCUUCUGUCCUGUUUGCAGGCCCCGAGUCUUCAGGAUCUGACACCCUUCGCCACCUAUACCGUAUUUUUUGCUCUAUAAGACGCACUUUUACCCUCCUAAAAAGUAAGGGGAAAUGUGUGUGCAUCUUAUGGAGCAAAUGCAGGCUGCGUAGCUAUCGCUGAAGCCAGAGAGGAAGAGGGAUCGGUGCGCACAGAUCCCUCUUACUGUUCUGGCUUCUGGGAUAGCCACGCGAAGCCUCUUCAGGGCAACGGGAGGAACGUUCCCCCUGCCCUGAAAUGGCUUGGUACAGCUAUCCCAGAAGCCAGAACAGCAAGAGGGAUCGCUGCUUUCGCUGUGCAGUGAUCCCUCUUGCUGUUCUGACUUCGGCUGGAGAGGUGCUGCUCAGCUUUCCCUCUCUGCGCAGCGCCCCUUCAGCAAAGCGGGAGAAGAAACAGAGCCCCUUCCAUUUCUCCCCCCGCUUUGCUGGAGAGAGGCGCUGCGCAGAGAGGGAGAGAAUUUUUUCCCUUGUUCUCCUCCUCUAAAACUAGGUGCGUCUUAUGGUCCGGUGUGUCUUAUAGAGUGAAAGAUACAGUAAUUGUGCAAUGAUAAUAAGGGACUUAGAAGUUUCUAGAAAUCAUAUUUAGCAUGACAGUGAUCAAAUCUUUGCUUAAUCUGGCUUUGCCUUGGCUGUUUUUUCAGGCUUCUGAAGAGCCCACUAAAGGAAUGGUCACCCUUUCUGUGGUUUCCCAGUAUUUAUUUGAAGAUGAUCACAACUCUCCUCAGUUGCAGGCCUUAGCUGAAAGAUUUCCCAACUGGACUUUUACCUCAGGCUGGGUCUCCACCUAUGAUCAAUUUAUCUUUUAACCCAGAGAUAACACAAAGGUAAAUUGUUUCCCAUACAUUGGAUGCAGCUUUUGCUCAUAAGGAGUUGGGAAGAAUGAGUAUUGUUGACAAAAAAUACUGUGUAAAAUACUUCAGCCACAAAGGUAUUUCUAUGGCAGCUUGAAUACGUAAAAGGGGGUGGGGGCAUGGGGAGAGAGAAGGAAACCUUUGUGGUUUUUAUGCAAAAUAUCACCUACUUGAAAGCUGCCUUUUAGGAAGUGGUUUUAGAGUUGCCGUCCUGGGCAUCUUGCAAUAAAAGGGGCUUUGCGCAGGCAUUCCAAGCACAAUGUAAAACCCUCCGCAGGCUUUAAACAACCCGAGUUCUGCCUUCCAGUAACAUUUUGAUUCGUUGUGUUCUUAAUUGGCUAAAGUAAGGCUUUGGGUUGGAGACUUUUAAGACUGUACAUCAUGGAAGAUAAAAGAAGCGCCAGUGAUUGUUACAGUUCCAAAGUACUGAUGCCCAUUUGGAACACCAUCUAUAAUCAAAGCUCUUUAAAUUCUUAACCGCAGAGACCUUGGCUAUUGCUAAUUCUUGCCUGCUCUGAUUUUACGGUUUUUCUUUCUAAAAACUUCUGUAUGUCCCUUUUGGGGCAUUGUACUGAUGCUCGACUGCAGUGUCUCUGAGUAGAAGUUGGACCAACCCCAAAAUGCACUCACUUUUCUAUGGGGAUCAAGUGGAACGAAGGCCAGGCUGUAUCGGAUGCAAGCGCACAGUGCUAUUGUCUCUUUGGACUUCUAAGCACUGAGCUAGCCACUUUCGCCUUUUAUAUGCAGGUCUUAUCUGUAUGUUGGGUUUUCAUUCUUGGCAAUACCAACUAUUCAGCAGUUGCUAAAAUUGUCAAUGGUCAGUUCCUAUUCUUUAGUUGCUUCCUUGCAAGUUAGUAAAAACUACACAUUUCCACUGUGUUAUUAGAAGCUUGCAGGAAAUCAAGUUGCACAUGCUUAAAAUGUGCUCCUUUAAAAUAUGUUGGAAUGAGGAAACUCUUGUUCAGAGAGAUUUUGAACACAGUAUGCUCAUCUGUAAUUCCUUCCACUUAAGAUUACAUUGCUCUACCCUGUUUCUAUUGAACUCAAUGGGACUUGCUUUUGAAUAGGUACGUGUAGUAUUAAUGCUAUUCAUGUUUGGGAUUUUGCUAUUACUUCAGCUUCCAAAGCCCAAAUAUUUUAGUGCAUCGGGGGGAAGGAAAUGUGUUCCAAAAGGAAACAUGUUGGGAAGAAUUUGCCUAGGAGGAGGCUGAAAGCAGCCCGCCAUAAAUUAGAAGCCAUUUGCAGGUGAAAUAAGCAAAACAUGAAGUGAUAUAAAAAAGAAAAUUAUUUCUUUCAGAUCCACACGGUAAUAACUUCGGACAGCAGGUUCAGGUCCCAUCAAACAGUUUUUUGGGAGCAGGUUUUUAGUCAGAUCAUAGAAAGCACUUCCAGUGGCAACCAAUAUAGAACCCUUUCCCCUUCCUACCUCUUCUGCUUCGUUUGCAUAGCGAAGGAAGGGGGAAAAAUGACAUUUUCAGCAAAACAUAGGCUGGACAGUCUCUCUGCUGGAGGACAUGUAAAAGUGGCAUAUGCGAGAAUGUUCAGAGAACUUAAUUGUAUAAAAUACUAUUCUUAUUCUCUAGAGCAGGUGUCCCCAAACCUGGCCCUCCAGAUGUUUUGGGACUAGAAUCCCCAUCAUCCCUGACCACAGCUCCUGCUAGCUAGGGAUCAUGGGAGUUGUAGUCCCAAAACAUCUGGAGGUAUGGGUUUGGGGAUGCCUGCUCUUGACAGUAUGGGAAGAAAAUCAGUGUUGUGGGCAGAAAACUUCCAUUUCCCAGUUAAGCUAUAGUAGGAAGCUGUAAGGCUAUGUUGCCUCUUUGAGCUCCUCAAGACUCAGGUUUGUGGUGCUGCUGCAAAGAUGCCAAAUCACACAGGUGGGGUAGGAACAAAACCAUAUGCAAAGGCCAAGAUGAGAAUUAGCUUACUGCAAUUCUACCAUGAAGUAAGUUCCGUUUAAGGGAGUUACCUCCCAGUAAAAAUAAUUAGAUCAGGAUGCUAUUUGAAAUCCCUGGUUCUUUAGCUUUACCGUCCAAAUAUUUUUUGAUUUUUUCCAUUCAGAUGACUUCUCAACAUUUCCAUUUGCCUCAUUUUUUUUUAAUGCCAGUAAUCCUGCAUUGCGUUAAUAUUACCUUAUUAACGUCGUGGAAAAUGUUGCAUAAUUAUAAUUUGAACGUUAAGGUCAACGCCAGCCUAGAUGCCUGUGUGCCACUGAAACUAACAGCUGUGCAUUUAGCUUCUCCUUUGCUCUCUGUAGCCUCUUGUAUAACUUGUGUCAUGACAUUGUGGGCUGCAUUUUCCUCUCUCCAUUCUAAAUCACUGAAUGGUGAUUGGAAGGAAAUUGAGAAUCCCGUGAUAUCAGAACACAAGGCGUGUUAUACUCCCCGUUACAGAGGGGUGGGGAACCUAAAUAUUUGGCUGCUCUAUUGUGAGAAAUGUUUAGUGGAAUGCAUCAGCUGGUCCUAAGUAACAGCACUGCUUUGUACUUAGAACUCAAAUAUUUCAAGCAAAGUCCAACAAAUUGCCUAUAUUAUUACUGUCUUAAUUGUUGUAGCUACAAACCUGCAUUAAUAUGUUAUAUUAAAAAGUGCACAAACUCUUUGCACUAAAAACAACUGGUUUUGCAUGUAGUAUUUUCCAUUCAUAAAAAAAAAAUUACUCGCGAAAGUAUAGUGUUUAUCUAUCCUAAAUCUCUUGCGGAUCUUAAUGUACUGCAUCUUAAUGUGCUGCUUUUGCAACAUGUGUUUAAAAUCUCAGUGCACCUUUUGCACAUAGUGUGUGUUCUCCAAUAAACUGAGAUUGGAGAAAUUCAGAACUCACCAAGCCUUCCCCCCAACUGAUUUACAUUGUGCCUCAAAACUUACAUAAUGGUUUGAAAAUGACUCUGCAUGAUGUAAAUAUGGAGUAAUGAAAAAUACCUACAUGUCUCAGAGCAUGCUUAGGAACAUCAGGGCAAGUAAUAACUAUUUUGUUCCUUGAAAGAAAAACUUUGCCUAACUCAGGUUGUAUAUUUUAUUAAGUAGCAGAAUGAAAUAGUGGGAUGCCUUUUUUGUGAACUCCUGCCUUUUUAAAAAAGUACUUAACUGUUCAGCACAUGAAUUUUCUUGUUGAUCAUUCUAUCUUGUCUUCCCUUGUUCUAGCAUUGCACUGAAAUCCCCAGUAUGGCAUUCUUCAGCUUAAAAGUUCUCAAGGAUAAAUUGAGUGUGUGUGGAACAAAAAUCGUGCAGUUAUUGCUCCUUGCUUUGUCUAGCUAGCCUAACUAUAGGCCUGGUUUUUGUCAUAUACGUUACAAUAUAGCUGAUGAGUUGUUAAAUGUGUGCUUGGGUGUACCACUUCAGACUGCAUUUACGGAGCUCAUAGGACUGUUGUAUUCUACCACCCCAGAAACACCCCUUUGGAGAGGGUGCCUGCCAGGGAGAUUGGUCCUAGCUUUGCCUUUUUCCAGCUGUGCUAAUCUUCCACACAAGAAUCCUUUCUUUUCUUUAAAGGAAGCAAUCUAUCUAUGAGCCCCUCACCUGCUGCCUAAAGCGGUACAUAUUUGCUUGCCUUUGUCUUCUGUUUGAGAACCAGGCCCUGGUUACAGAUGUUGGAAGAAACACACAAGAGCUCAGAGAAUGGACUGUAUGUAAAAGAUAACCAAUGCUAAAUAAAUUGAUUUUAUGAAAAGGUUUUGUUUUCUGGUCUAAUCUGUUUAGGUGCUUCUGUAGCUAGAGUCAAGGAUGGGUAUAGCCAGUAGAUUCGUUCUUAGGUUUUCUUCCCAGUUUCAGGGGCCAUGGAAGGAGAAGGGAAAAGAUGCCUUGUGUUAGCAUAAAUCAUUGCACAGGCUUCUAGUAGCAUGACCUUGCUAAAACAGGCUAGUCUUGAGGUCAGUGGUAUAAGCAGCAGGGAGCAAACAGAAACCUGGGCGAAGUAUUGAGCAAAAUUAAAGGUAAAACCCUGGAGGGGAUGGGUUGGCACAGGACUCAUCAGCAUGCCUCUUAAUGCAAGAGAGGCUUUAGUGAGUGGACAUUACAUAUUAAAAACAGAUUAAAUAUUUCUACCUGGAAAAAAUAAAAGCCGAUGCUUAUUCCCUUAAUGUUACACAAUGCAGCAUGUCAAACUAACAAGAAGUAUGGAUUGUUACCUCAUUUCCACCCUUCGUCAUUUAUUUGAAAGUUAUUGCACAUGUACCAGUACUAAUGGCAAAGUCUAAGCAACAGUAAUAAAACUUAUCUAGUUACAUUUAUCCAUUAAAAGACAAUUUGACCUUGUCCCCUGGAAAAAUAUACAAAGUUAUAAUCUGUAUUUCUAUGCUCCUUCUGAAUGUUCAGAACACAUUACCAGUUCAGAAUUCAUAUAGAGAAAUGUAUGAACAAACUGAGGUUGUGGCAGACAGUGAUGCUUCUGCAUAAUAAAAUGGUUUUGGUCCAUAUCAGUAUUCAUUAUACCCCACAUUAUAAAAAUAAGUGUUAGUUUUUGUAUAAAAAGUAGAAGUGUUGCAUUUCUCUUUUUUCCCCUGUAACCCCAAUUGCACAGUAGAAACCAACCAAUGCCUAAAUUUUAAUACUGUUACAGGUAUUUAAUAUUAUACAUAUUGGGGGCAGCAGAUAAGGGGGAAAAAUAAGUACCUCAAAGCAACCAUGAGCCUCUGCUGCAGCCAGCUUCUCUUAACAUUGUUGUAUGAAAGUUAAAAUAAACAUUUGCAAUUAGUUACAAGUAUAUGCAUUAUAAAAUAUUUGCAAGGUGGCAGUUUAAGUAUAUACACUGUACAUUGUCACUAGCCAGCCUUAAGAGCAAUAAGGUGGUUCUAUUUACAUAAAACUAGUCUUGAGAGAGAAAAUGUACAAGUGAAAUAAAUAAGAACCUUCCGUUAUUUGUUUAAAAUCUGCUUAGGAUACAUCUGAAUAGGUCCGGAAACAAAACGAUGUCCCUAGCAACUGUUUCUACUGCCGUGGAAGAGUUCAGUGAAGGUCUUGUUGCAUCCUGAUGGAAGUGCAACUAUGCUUCAAUUUUCCUGGAAUUAAAGGUCAAAGCAUGCAAGACAGAGAGGGCUCGGCUCCCCUUCACUGCAAUACAAGCACCAGAAGCAUGAACAGAAUAUACAGGAAUAUUCACAAAACAUACAAUGUAUUUUACAAUUAUUUAAUAUAAAAAGUCUAGUGAUAUCAAACAGCAUAAUCUAUAAAACAGACAGAGCCUAGCUCCAUCAAGCCAUCGUUUCCGGCAAUCAAGCUAAGCAGAACGUACGAAGUUGUUAUCCUAGUUAGCUUCAUUGUUGAUUUUUUAAAAGUUUG